CCUCGAUCCCUCUCCCUCUCCGCAUUCCCAGUGGGAUGACGAGCCACACCUCCAACCCGAUUGGCUGCAGCGCCACAAGCUACAUUUCUCCAUUUAUGGACUGAUUGGCAGAAUUACCGCACCGCAUUCACUGGACAACCAUUCAAAACCCCUCUCUUGACUGUGAGGCGCUCGGAGACACCCCGAAGCUACAGCACUGAUUCGGCAAAAAAAAAACAACUUGACUUUGGAGAUUUUUUUUCCCCCUCUCUCUCUCUCUCUCUCCCCCCAUCUCUGAAACAUGGAUCCAUCCCCAGCCUGUUGAUCCCUGCACCGUACACUCCAGACUCGACUGCAGAUGGAGUUCAGUUCUUCUUCAGAGGCAGGGGAUCGCCGGUGAAGAGCACACAGUAGCUGGCACCACCUGGAGUGGGCAAACCCUUCCCGGACACGGCGUAAAUUCGGGAAAACAAAAUGGGAAGCAAAGGUCACUACAGAUACCACUGGCAGAGCCACAAUGUCAAACAGAGUGGAGUGGAUGACAUGGUGCUUCUCACGAAAAUCACAGAAGAUGGCAUUGUCGACAACCUGAAGAAGCGAUACAUGGAUGACUAUAUUUUUACAUAUAUUGGGCCUGUGCUUAUCUCCGUGAACCCAUUCAAACAAAUGCCGUACUUUGGAGAAAAGGAAAUCGAAAUGUAUCAAGGAGCAGCCCCCUAUGAAAACCCACCUCACAUCUACGCUCUGGCAGAUAACAUGUUUCGGAACAUGAUUAUUGAUGGGGAAAAUCAAUGCGUUAUAAUCAGCGGUGAAAGUGGGGCUGGAAAGACGGUGGCUGCAAAAUACAUCAUGGGUUACAUUUCUAGAGUCUCUGGUGGUGGACCCAAAGUACAGCAUAUAAAAGACAUCAUUCUUCAAUCAAAUCCACUCCUAGAAGCAUUUGGGAAUGCUAAGACAGUGAGAAACAACAACUCCAGCAGAUUUGGGAAAUACUUUGAAAUCCAGUUUAGCCCAGGUGGGGAGCCAGAUGGUGGAAAAAUUUCCAAUUUUCUACUGGAAAAGUCCCGGGUUGUUACACGGAAUCCUGGAGAACGAAGCUUCCACAUUUUUUACCAGCUUAUUGAAGGUGCAUCCACAGACCAAAAAUCCAACCUGGGAAUCACCAACCUGGACUACUAUUUUUACCUCAACCAAUCUGGUUCCUAUAAAGUGGAUGACAUUAAUGACCGGAAGGAUUUUCAAGAAACUUUGCACGCUAUGAAUGUGAUUGGAAUCUUUGCUGAUGAGCAGGCUAUGGUUCUACAGAUUGUGGCCGGUGUGCUUCACAUGGGGAACCUCAGUUUUAAAGAGGUUGGCAACUAUGCUGCUGUGGAAAGUGAAGAAUUCCUGGCAUUCCCAGCUUUCCUACUCGGUAUUGAUCAAGAGCGACUGAAGGAAAAAUUGACCAGCCGCAAAAUGGACAGCAAAUGGGGAGGAAGGUCUGAAAGCAUUAACGUCACGUUAAAUGUCGAGCAGGCAUGUUACACGAGGGAUGCACUUUCCAAGGCUCUUCACUCGCGCAUCUUUGACUACUUGGUAGAUUCCAUUAACAAGGCUAUGGAGAAGGACCAUGAGGAAUACAACAUUGGCGUUCUGGACAUCUAUGGCUUUGAGAUUUUCCAGAAAAACGGCUUUGAGCAGUUUUGCAUCAACUUUGUGAAUGAAAAGCUCCAGCAGAUAUUUAUUGAGCUCACUCUGAAAGCUGAGCAGGAAGAAUAUGUGCAAGAAGGAAUUAAAUGGACUGCAAUCGAGUAUUUCAAUAAUAAAGUAGUCUGUGACCUUAUAGAGAACAAAGUUAAUCCACCAGGCAUUUUGAGUAUUUUGGAUGAUGUCUGUGCAACAAUGCAUGCAACGGGGGAAGGGGCAGAUCAGACGUUGUUGCAAAAAUUGCAGAUGCAAAUUGGAACCCAUGAGCACUUCAACAGCUGGAACCAGGGUUUCAUCAUUCAUCACUAUGCAGGCAAGGUCUCCUAUAACGUGGAGGGGUUCUGCGAGCGGAAUCGAGAUGUUCUGUUCACAGAUCUGAUUGAACUCGUGCAGAGCAGUGAGCUCCCUUUCAUUCGUGCACUUUUCCCUGAAAGUCUACAAGCAGAAAAGAAAGGCCGACCCACAACUGCAGGCAGCAAAAUUAAGAAGCAAGCUAAUGACCUUGUGGGCACCCUGAUGAAGUGUACGCCACACUAUAUCCGCUGUAUCAAACCUAAUGAAACCAAGAAGCCCAGGGACUGGGAGGAGAGCAGAGUUAAGCACCAAGUGGAGUAUCUGGGUUUAAAGGAAAACAUCAGGGUUCGACGAGCAGGCUACGCUUACAGACGAGUUUUUAAGAAAUUCUUACAAAGGUAUGCCAUUUUGACGAAGGAGACGUGGCCCUCGUGGAGAGGGGAUGUGAAGCAAGGAGUUCUCCACCUCCUCAGAUCGGUGAACAUGGACCCGGAACAGCACCAGCUGGGGAAAACCAAAAUCUUCAUCAAAGCCCCUGAGUCUCUGUUUCUGCUGGAGGAGAUGAGGGAAAGAAAAUAUGAUGCAUAUGCUCGAGCGAUUCAGAAGGCAUGGAGGAAAUAUGCUGCAAAGAAGAAAUAUGUAAAAAUGAGAGAGGAAGCAUCUGAUCUGCUGCUCAACAAAAAGGAGAGACGGAGAAACAGCAUCAACAGGAACUUUGUCGGUGAUUAUAUUGGAAUGGAAGAUCUACCUGAGCUACGGCAGUUCAUUGGAAAAAGGGAGAAGGUUGAAUUUGCAGACACUGUCAAUAAGUACGACCGAAGGUUUAAGAAUGUGAAGCGUGACCUUGUGCUCACCCCAAAGUUUGUGUACCUCAUUGGACGAGAAAAAGUAAAGGAUGGUCCUAUGAAAGGUCAGGUGAAAGAAGUGUUAAAGAGAAAGAUUGAGUUGGAGAGAAUUCUAACCAUUUCGUUGAGCACACUGCAAGAUGACUUCUUCAUCCUACAUGAGCAGGAGUAUGACAGUCUCCUGGAGUCUGUCUUUAAGACUGAAUUCAUCAGCCUCUUGUCUAAGCGCUAUGAAGAGAGAAUGCAAAGGAAGCUACCUCUGAGGUUCAGUAACACACUUGAAAUGAAAGUAAGGAAGGACAACUGGGGUCCUUGGAGCGCUGGAAGCUCUCGACAAGUACAGUUCAUCCAAGGCAAUGGACAGGUUGCAGUGCUCAAACCCAGCAGCAAAACCUUGCAGGUCAGCAUUGGCCCAGGGCUACCAAAGAAUUCACGGCCUACAAGAAGGGACUUGACACAAGUGAGACAACAAACUACUAGGCCUCAAACUACAGCGUACCCAACUCGAGCUGCACCCCCUCCUCCAGGUUCCCACCAGAAUGGAGUCAUAAAGGGUUCCCAUAACACCUCUCAAUGGCCACCUUUAAACUCCCGACCCAACCAGAGAAUACCUUACCAGGGCACCACGACAGACCGUCCAUCACUGCCCAGGCCAGGCUCCAACUUCACAGACAAACACGCCCGCAUUCAACAUAACCUGGAUUUCUUGAAAGUACCUGAGCAGGGUGCUGCAGGUAAACGUACUGGAAUGACACGACCAAAGGGAGGAAAUGCACAUCGACACAUGACAAAUCGUCCACCCCCAGCAGGAGGACGACCUAAACCACAUCCCAAACCCAAGCCUCAGGUACCACAGUGCAAAGCUCUGUACGCAUAUGAUGCUCAGGACACAGAUGAACUUAGCUUCAACGCUGAUGAUGUUAUAGAAAUAGUUAAGGAAGAUCCCUCAGGCUGGUGGAUAGGUAGACUGCGAGGGAAACAAGGAUUGUUCCCCAACAACUAUGUUGCCAAGAUAUAAAAUCCUGUCACUGUCAAGAUCUAUAUUCAAACCGAAUUGACCUUUCCUGAUCCUACCUGUGAUGCUUUGAUGACCGGAGACCAUACUGUAUAGGAUGUUUGCAAAUGUAUAAUUCUACAAAUAUCUGUAGUCUGGAGCUACACAACAGUUGUGCUAGUACUGAAAGAACUGUAACUUAUUGUAUUUAUACUUUUGUCGUUGCCUGACUAAAAGUGUAUAACUGGUAGUUUAGCGAGAAUGUUGCAUUUAACUUGGACCAUAAGAUACCUGUGUAUAGGUUUUAUCAUUCAUGCUUGAAGUGCCUUUUGUCAAUUAUUGCUUAGUAGACUUUUAUGUAACAUUUCUUAGCGUUCUGUUCUUUCUUCAGGAAUAAUAGUGAUGAAAGGUAAAACUUCCCUUUUGAAGUGCAUUCCAAAUCGGGAAAAACACUGAACUUUGCUGCUGCGUCACGUCUGAAGAACAUUUGCUGCACGUGACAUCCAAAGAAAAUGGUGUUCUGUUUUUAAAAUAAUUUAAACUAUCAAACUUUCCACCAAUCACCAUAGGGGUAUUGUAGACCUCAUUGGUGAGCAGUGUGAAGGUUUAAGGAGAAAGCACUCUUCUCAGUACUGUAUAAAUGUAACAUUUGCAUUUUAAAGUGCCUUUUAAUUAAAUGCAAAAAUGUGGCUGGUCCAUAUAAGUGUUGUAUCUGAUGUAAAGUUGAGGUAAUAAGAAAGUGUUUUGGUCUUUUUCCUUUACUGUACAUUAUGAAACUGAUCCUACAAAGUAAUGUCUAACAACUAUAUAUUGAUGUACGCUAUCACAUUUAUUCUGCAAGUUUUAGGUUAUUCAAUUAGAAUGUAGAAGCACUGUCAAAUACUUACUCCUCUGCAUUUGGCCAAUGUGUUAAAUUUUAUAAAUUUAUAUAUGGGCAAAACUUUAAAGUGUAUUAGGAUUCCUGGAUUGACAUAAAUAUAUUCAAUAUACUGUA